AGACAAUCCAUCACUUUCUAGGUAGUACCAACAUGGGCAACACUCAUAAAUUGCAUGAUGCCAUCCACAGCUCAGAUUUUACAUCCACAUUACAGUUCUCACAACAGACACCUUCCAUUCUUGGUUCACGGUUGACUUCAGAAACAAGUCCCCUUGCUCUCUUAACAUCUGCUUCGGACAAUCCAGAGCACUAUAAAACCAUUGAACAACUUUUUCUUACUUGUCUCCAGACUGGUGAUGACAAAUCAGCACAACUAUGUCUCGAUCAGUUGACCAAGCGUUUUGGGCCCCGCAAUGAAAGGGUUAUGGGAUUUCGUGGCUUAUAUGAGGAGGCAACUACAGAGGAUACUACUUCUCUAGAGAAGUGUUUACAUGAAUACGAGAAAAUACUCUCAGAGAACCCAGUCAACGUGCCUAUUCUAAAACGCCGUGUUGCUCUUCUGCGCUCAAUGUCUAAGCCUAUUGAUGCUAUAUCUGCGUUGGUAGAGUUUUUGGAGGCCGUCCCUACCGAUGCCGAAGCCUGGUGCGAACUCGCAGACCUUUACCAAUCACAAGGGAUGAGCUCCCAGGCAAUAUUCUGUCUUGAGGAGUCGCUCCUGAUAACGCCUAAUUCCUGGAACAUUCAUGCUCACCUCGGUGAAUUGCUAUACGUCUGUGCAUCUUCAGCAACUGAAGAUACCUCAUUUGGUCUUUUGGCGAGGUCGCUGCGUUCCUUUUGUAGAAGCAUUGAGCUGUGUGAUGACUACUUAAGGGGCUUCUACGGUUUAGUUUUGGUGUCUUCUCUUUUGCUGAAAAACCAGAAUUACGCACGAGGGCCUCAAGACUGUAAGGAUGGAAAGUGUGAUAGUAUUCCUUCGAAGGAGUACCUUCAGAAGCUAAAUCUGUUUUCUCUGAAGGUGCUUCAGAGUAUAGUCAACUCGCGGUCUUCGAGAUACCAGGAAUGGGAAUAUGGUCAAAUAGAGCUCGCGGCUGCAAAACGGCUUCUGGAUCGCUUUCAGACUGGAUAAAUGGGUAAUAUAGAUUGCAAUAUCUGCAGUUUGUUUACAUAUCAGCGCCCUGGCGUGUAAAAAGGGGGCAGUUUCACGCCUAGAAAUACUAUCUGGUAUCUAUGACUGCUAGAAUAAGUGACCUCAUCAUAGCAGGCAUUUGCUACAUACCUCCCUAGUACUUACUACUUAGGUAGGUGUUUACGCUGUAAUAUGGUUCCCUUCCAGGCCAAAUAGUCACUUAUAGGUAUUAUUAUGUACUCUGCACUCCGUAUUCCCAACCCAAUUUCCCCCCC